GAGAGACAGACACGCGCAAUGAUAGCCGGAAGCAUCGAUAGGGUGAAAAUAGAAAUCGAUCAAAUUCAGUGUAGUUCGUAAGUGCAAAGCUUCGACGGACUUGCCUUUUCCACGAAAAGUUAGCGCGAUAAAUUACAGACCUCUUGACGUGGCGGUGGAGGAAAUGUUGUGGAGAGAGAAGGCCGUUUCUUUUUUCAAGUUACUUGGUGGGGGUUGAGCUGACGUGUGGAGAAGUUCGAGCUGCCAGAAAAGAGCAGAUAAACAAACAAGCAGGGAGUCAGCUGAGCGCCUGCCUGUCCAAACGGGGGCUAACGUUAACCAGGCGAGACUGGGUAAAUGUCAGCGAGAUCAAAUCGUCGCUAGAGUUUUUGAUCCAUUAAUGGCUAAAAUAGUGUUCUAACGUUGGUGUUUACCCACACGCCAAGUUCAAAGAGUGGCACAAAGAAGAAAAAUACCACGCGAGGACAACAUUAUUUCACUGUGUUCCUGUCGCCUAGCUUGAUAGAACACUGUCAACAACUUGAUAUGUGCCAUUGAUUUGACUGUGCUUGCUUCAGCAGUUAGCAACAAAAGAAACGUAUUGCUUUAUCCCAUUGAAACGGUACAAUAUAGUACAAACGCUGAGUGGAUAGAGAAGUGGGAUAGCCAUGGCCCACCAUUCGACGCCCAGCUCCCAGAAGGCCCUGAUGAUGGAACUCAAGUCCCUGCAGGAUCAGCCGGUGGAGGGCUUCCGCAUCGGCCUGGUGGAGGAGUCAGACCUUUACAACUGGGAGGUGGCCAUCUUUGGCCCCCCUAACACACUGUAUGAGGGAGGCUACUUUAAGUCUCACAUCAAGUUCCCCAUUGACUACCCCUACUCUCCUCCGACCUUCCGUUUUUUAACAAAGAUGUGGCAUCCCAACAUCUAUGAGAACGGCGACGUGUGUAUCUCCAUCCUUCACCCUCCCGUCGACGACCCCCAGAGCGGGGAGCUCCCCUCAGAGAGGUGGAACCCCACUCAGAAUGUCAGGACCAUCUUGCUGAGUGUGAUCUCUCUGCUGAAUGAGCCCAACACCUUCUCCCCGGCCAACGUGGAUGCCUCAGUUAUGUUCCGCAAGUGGAGAGACAGCAAGGGCAAGGACAAGGAGUACGCAGAGAUUAUCAGGAAGCAGGUGGUGUCCACAGUGGCGGAGGCGGAGCGCGAUGGUGUCAAGGUACCCACCACGCUGGCAGAGUACUGCGUCCAGACCCGGGUUCCCUCCCAGGACAGCAGCUCAGACCUACUCUACGACGACCUCUACGACGAUGACAUGGAGGAGGAGGAAGAAGAGGAUGAAGAGGAUGAAGAUAAUGACAUGGAGUCAGGAGGAGAGGCAGGUGGGACAAGUGAAGGAGGAGGCGUCUCUACUCGCUGCUAUGACGACGACCAGGAGGAUUCUGGGAACGAGGACUCUUGAUGAUGAUGAUGAUGAUGGACGCCCUAAAUUGACGCCUUACACCCUGCUACGUCCAAUCCUAGCCUCCCUUCUGAUCCUGUUAAGCUUAGAACAUCCCCUAAGAAUAACACAUGUACUUCGUCUGGUACAUUGAUAGUCAAGUAAUAACUGGACAAAUAGGACACCUCAAUUUGAGUGGAUUCCAAUUAAAGGCGCGUACAACAAUGACAAAUAUUGAAUAUCUCAGCGAAAUAUAAUUUGUGUAGUUAAAAUUAUAUUUUUAGCACAGAUGGAGUCAGAAAUGUUUUAAUUUCUCCUUUUGAAAUGUGACUUUAACGCAUGCUUUUGGUUUCCUUACUCAAUGGUCAUAUAGUCAAAGCCUGCCUCCCUGGUCUGAUAGCUUGAUGGAAAGAAGAUAGUUGUUGAACAUAAACAAAAACAAACAUCCAAACCCCAGGGGAGCUAGUUUGUUGCAAAAUGUGCAGAUAAUCUCUGCCUUUAGGCUAAGAUCAAUUGUAGUAUCUGUUAUUGUCAAUUUAAAAUCUGAACAAAAUUUUAGAACUGGAAAAUGGGCUUAAUCUGUCUGCUCUACGGAACCACCCGGUAUUGCAGUUUCUCUGGUAACGGAGCACACACAAGAAAGAUGCUGCUAAAUGAAAUGUGGUGUUUGUGUUGCUUUACAGCAUUGGGUGCGGUUGCUUUUGUUUAUGUCCAACAACUGUGCUUUUUGUCAUGUCACUAGAUGUAUUUGCUAGAAGAAUGUUCUGGGCUUAAAUCUUAAUUUUUUGGGGUCCACUCUUGGCCCCUUCAUACCAUGUUAAUCUUUCAUUUUGUGUUGUACGUCUGGCUGUCUGGCGCUUUCUCUCAGUCUGUCUUACUGGCUGAAUCUCGGUUUUGUGUGGCAUGCUGUCUUGCUCUGUCAAUGUUUCCCUCUUUCUGUCUCAUCACCCUCACUGCUUUGUCAGCCAGCAACACAACACAAACUCUGCCCUGACCGACUCCACCUUCAACCCACACUUCCUGUUUCACCUCUGAACUCUGAUCCCUGUAGAACUGGGGGGGGUCUUCAUUAGGUACCAAAAUGGACGGAAACAGGGAUGGACUACCAUCUUCAAUUGUCCAGUAAGAAAUGCUAAUUUUUGUUUUCUGUAGCAAAACGUUAUGACUGAGCCUUUAUAAGAUACUGAGAGGAUAUGCCGUCUCGGGCACAGAACCACAGGAGAGUUACAUCCUCCUUCACUCUUUCCAUCCAUCCUUUCCCUGCCGCAGGGCCUCCAUAGACUCUCACUGGGAGAGAACCAGGGAUGUAGUGGAGAAUAAACGCACCUUAACGCCAUCUACGCACCUCUAUAUGUUGUGAAAAGUGUUGUUGGCACUCAUUCAGCGUUUACCCACCUUAUGUCUUUACUACUACAUCCCUGGAGAGGGCUCACUCAAACUGCUCCUCAGCUUGAGCUUGGUAUUGUUUAGAUUAUUUUUUUCUUUUUUGUGGUUGUGUUUACAGAGGGAACUUCAAAUCUCCAACAGCACUAUCGAUCCCCAUGUCUCCUACAUUUUUCACCUCCAUUCAGGGUUUCCUUCUCUUUGUUAUUUCUGUGUUGCCCUGUUCCGUUGGCCAUGCUUCACAAAACUAAACCAGACCAGGUUCUUUGUCGUUCUUGAUAUGCUUUCUUGGAAUUGGCGCAAACUCCUGGAAUUCUAUGCGAGCCAGUCAGGUGGUCAAAAUGGAAAGUGAAAUUGAAUAAGUGGUAUUCUGUAUUUUAAUCAACUAUUUACACAUGCCAAAAGGCAUUAGCCAUUGUUUAUGUUAGUUAGCACGUAUAUAGCUGAAAGAGCACAUUUAGUCAUCAACAACAUGUAUCAGCCAGGAAAGUAGAUUUUGCUAAUUCGUGACUGAGCACAUGCUGCAUUGGUGAUUCAGAGUUACACAUGGAGCACAAUUGCAUUUUUUGGGUGGAAAAAAAUGAUGCUUCUUGGAACUCUGCUGCAAAUACUUGGGUUGUGUAAGUGAGGUGACAUCACAGACAAGUCAACCUAUCAUCUGUGCUCAUUAGGCCUGCAGUUUUCACGUUUCUGUGCGUGUGUGUUUUACCAUGACCCCAUUCAAUGGAACACAGAACCUGUUACACCUCGCAUUCACAAGGAGGUGCUGGCCUGGAUUCUAUGCCAAGGAAAUGUUUCAUGACCACUUCCAGUAACGCCACAACCAUCAGUCAGUUACGGAUAUGUGUGAAAUAUGUCCUGUUUUGAACAACUAUAAGGGAGAGACUUGACAAAUCAGUCUGAGGAAGACUAACAGAAUCAAAAUAAACUUUUCUCCUCCUUUGCUCUGUUGAACUUAUGCCCUCACUGGGGCUGGCUUCAUGUCAAAAAAAUAGUUGACUGAUGGAUCACAAAUAGAUUGUUCUUCUCCUCAGCCACUGGACUUUCAGGGAUAUGAUGUCAACGACCGGGACGAACCAUGUCUCAAUACUCUUUAAAUGGCUUCCUCUCUUCGCCCCCUUUUUCUUCAUGAUCACUGAUAGGUGAAAGGAAUGGAUACAUUUCCACUAGGAAGGAAGCCAUUGAGUAUUGAGACCCAGCGUUCUUAUUCUCACUGACUUUUGCCUUCUGUGUUGACGUGGAGCAGGCAGUUGGAACAGCGUUUACCUGGUCCUGAAUCCUAGAUCAAAAUGACACUCGUUUAGAAGGACCACAUGCUAGGCUGUCAAAAUCUCACUAUUGCGAAGUGUGUGUACCAGUGUUUGAGGAGCUUUUCCCCCUGUGGCUGAAAACGGUCACGUUUGGACAAACUACUUCACUGUUUCCACAGCCAGUGAUAUGGAUGAUGCAGUCCUCCUUUGUUUUGUAGUUUUUCAUUUAAUUAUCUCUUCCUAUCGUGUUGUGAGGAUGCAAAUGUCACCUAUUAAAUUUAUAUUCUAAAAAUGUUGAA